GAAAGGGGAAGAUAGAACGGAAGGCAGUUAGCUGUCUGGCAGACAAGUAGGUAGGCUAGCUCUUUAGUUAAGUGCCAAAUUUAUAUUUGUUGAUUAAUUGCCUCGUCAGACUCAAGACACAGUUUCUCUCCUGUUUUUGUCGGUCACACAACGAGUAGCCUGUUUUUUGUGAAAAUCCGAAUAGAGGCAUUGUUCAGUGAAAUCCAGCCCGACGAGUAAAGCUGCUGCGAGCUAACUAGCUAACGUCACCAGCGUCCCUGAACAAUAACAGCUAGUUAGCUCCCGGCGUCGUUACGGUCAAGAAGUUGCCUCUUUUUCGUGUGUUUCAACCUUAAACGGUGGAAAAAUGACAUCCAGGAAGAAAGUGCUCUUGAAAGUCAUCAUUCUUGGAGAUUCUGGUGUUGGAAAAACCUCCCUAAUGAACCAGUAUGUGAACAAAAAGUUUAGCAACCAGUACAAAGCUACAAUAGGAGCAGAUUUCCUGACCAAGGAGGUAAUGGUGGAUGACCGACUUGUUACAAUGCAGAUCUGGGACACAGCUGGUCAAGAAAGGUUUCAGUCUUUGGGCGUUGCGUUCUACCGUGGAGCAGACUGCUGUGUGUUGGUGUUUGAUGUGACCGCACCCAAUACCUUCAAGACACUCGACAGCUGGAGGGAUGAGUUUCUAAUCCAGGCCAGCCCUCGAGAUCCUGAGCACUUCCCCUUUGUGGUGCUGGGCAACAAAAUCGACUUGGAGAAUAGACAGGUGACCAGUAAAAGGGCUCAGGCUUGGUGUCUGAGUAAGAACAACAUCCCCUACUUUGAGACCAGCGCCAAAGAAGCCAUCAAUGUAGAACAGGCAUUCCAGACAAUUGCACGCAACGCCCUCAAGCAGGAGACAGAGGUGGAGUUGUAUAAUGAGUUCCCAGAGCCCAUAAAGCUGGGUGGGAACGACAGAGCUAGACCUUCUGCAGAAAGCUGCAGCUGCUGAGAGACAACUUGUACCAUCUUCUCUCUCAGCUUCCUGAAACGCCCCGUCAUCACCCUAUUACAUCAUCACCCUCGCUCCCAGGGAAACGACUUCCCUUCUGGUCUUCCUCACACACUGCUCAUUCCAUUGACAUGCUGCACAAGGAUGUAUGCCCCCCCCCCCACUUAUUACACAAAUGAGUACACUAGCACUCUUACUUAAUAUGAUGACAAAUCCAGUGGUGUAAGAUCACACGAAAGAGGAGAAACAACCCUUCUGACCUUAUAUCCAGUGACUUGUUAGCGAUCGAACUCCUGUCCUGCACCACAUUUGUCAGGUGUGACACACUGAGAGAACAAGAUGGAGCCAUGUUCAGUGAGUGUGAUUGGGAACUCUGGAUGGACUGGCUGAAGCUCUGUAUCGUGAGACAAUAUUAGCUUAUCCCAAGAAACAUAAUCUCAAAUAUCUAAUCCCCUGCUUUCUGCUUGUUUUAUUUUGCUCAUUAGUCAAGAAAUAAUCCAUAGAACAAAAUGUAUGUUUUAUUUGGCUGUUAUUUUCAAGUCAAUCUGAAACCUGUUUAUUUGCACUUUUGAUUUGUUUUUGCCUUUAAAUGUUAGAGAGUUGGGGAGUAAUUUUUGGGCAACGUCUUUAAUUACAUGCCUUUUGUUAAGCUAUAGAUUUGUACUUGCUUUUUCCUUCUACAAACAUCUGAGAAUCAUUGGAACCAUCUGGUGAUUGUAUUGCCUUUUUACUUCAGGAUUAGGGUUUAAAACUGCCUCAUACACUGCUGGAACAUACGUAACUGUGUUAAAUAAAAGCUGAUAAGGCAGUCGCAGUGUAAAAUGUUAAUUUGUUGAUAAAGUUUGCCUUUUAAUGCAGCGUUUCUUGUACUGCUACUAUUACUGCUGUAUGUGUUCUGUCCUCCUCAGACAUCUUUCAGUGCUAAACUACACGUCACCAACACUUGUCUUCUGUCAUGUCUUAUUGCUGUUCUAUCUGCUUUGUAGCUCAGGUCGGCUAAGUACUUAAAAUUUUUAACGGACUGUGUAUCACGGUGUAUAGAUGGUAAAGAACUGAAUUAAAAAUCUGUUCCUUCUUUCCAUUUAAAGAAAAUAUUCAACCAUUUUCUCUAGAAUUACUUUUUUUUUCUUCUUCUUCCUUACCGAAAGCAUUACUGAAAUGCCAAUAAUGUAAAAGAAAAUUUGAACGUCAAAUAAUAAAACUCUUGAAUAUAUCAGUAGUUUAGCAAUAUUUGACUUUAUUCAUUCA